GGGAGAUGCGGAGCCGCCGCGGCGGCGCGAUCGGCGCGACCGGACCGGCCCCCCCGAGACGAUAGCCUUCGCUUUCCCUUGAUUUGCCAUGGAGCCCUUCUGUCCGCUCCUGCUGGCCAGUGUUAGCUUGCCGCUCGCCAGGGCUCUCAAGGGCAACGAGACCACCAGCAACUGGACCUCGACAAGCUCAGGCCCUCCCGCCCGGGGCGCACCGCAGCCGCUGCUGGCCUGGCUUCUGUUACCUCUGAUGCUGCUCGUCCUCCUCCUGCUCCUCGCCGCCUACUUCUUCAGGUUCAGGAAGCAGAGGAAAGCCGUGGUCAGCGCCAAUGACAAGAAGAUGCCCAACGGGAUCCUGGAAGAACAAGAGCAACAAAGAGUGAUGCUUCUCAGCAGGUCCCCCUCCGGGCCCAAGAAGUACUUUCCCAUCCCUGUGGCGCACCUGGAGGAGGAGAUCCGAGUCCGCUCCGCAGAUGACUGCAAGCGCUUUCGGGAGGAGUUCAAUUCGUUGCCAUCUGGACACAUACAAGGAACUUUUGAACAGGCCAAUAAGGAAGAAAACAGAGAAAAAAACAGAUACCCCAACAUCCUUCCCAAUGAUCAUUCCAGGGUGAUUUUGAGCCAGGUGGAUGGAACCCCGUGUUCAGAUUACAUUAAUGCUUCCUACAUAGAUGGUUACAAAGAGAAGAAUAAAUUCAUCGCCGCUCAAGGCCCCAAACAGGAGACAGUUAACGACUUCUGGAGAAUGAUCUGGGAGCAGAAGUCCGCCACCAUCGUCAUGUUGACGAACCUGAAAGAAAGGAAAGAGGAGAAGUGCUCGCAGUACUGGCCGGACCAGGGAUGCUGGACCUACGGGAACAUCCGUGUGUGCGUGGAGGACUGCGUGGUUCUGGUAGAUUACACCGUCCGGAAGUUCUGCAUACAGUCCCAGCUCCCUGAUGGCUGCAAAGCCCCACGGCUCAUCUCCCAGCUGCACUUCACCAGCUGGCCCGACUUCGGAGUGCCUUUCACCCCCAUCGGGAUGCUGAAGUUCCUGAAGAAAGUGAAGGCCCUCAACCCCGCCCAUGCCGGGCCCAUCGUGGUCCACUGUAGCGCUGGCGUGGGCCGGACAGGCACCUUCAUCGUGAUCGAUGCCAUGAUGGACAUGAUGCACAGCGAGCAGAAGGUCGAUGUCUUUGAAUUCGUGUCCAGAAUUCGCAACCAGCGCCCUCAGAUGGUGCAAACAGACAUGCAGUACACGUUCAUUUACCAAGCGUUACUGGAGUACUACCUCUACGGGGACACCGAGCUGGACGUGUCCUCUCUGGAAAAGCACCUGCAGACGUUACACAGCACCGCCGCCCACUUCGACAAGAUCGGGCUGGAGGAGGAGUUCCGGAAACUGACCAAUGUCCGGAUCAUGAAGGAGAACAUGAGGACGGGCAACCUGCCUGCGAACAUGAAGAAGGCCAGGGUCAUCCAGAUCAUCCCAUAUGACUUCAACCGGGUGAUCCUCUCCAUGAAAAGGGGUCAGGAAUACACAGACUACAUCAACGCCUCGUUUAUAGAUGGCUACCGACAAAAGGACUACUUCAUCGCGACCCAGGGGCCGCUGGCGCACACAGUGGAGGACUUCUGGAGGAUGGUGUGGGAGUGGAAGUGCCACACGGUCGUGAUGCUGACGGAGGUCCAGGAGAGAGAGCAGGAUAAAUGCUACCAGUAUUGGCCGACAGAGGGCGCUGUGACUCAUGGCGAAAUAACAAUCGAAAUAAAAAGUGAUACGCUUUCGGAAGCCAUCAGCAUACGGGACUUCUUGGUCACCUUCAAUCAGCCCCUGGCCCACCAGGAGGAGCAGACCCGCGUGGUCCGCCAGUUCCACUUCCACGGCUGGCCCGAGAUCGGGAUUCCGGCCGAGGGCAAGGGCAUGAUCGACCUCAUCGCGGCUGUGCAGAAGCAGCAGCAGCAGACGGGCAACCACCCCAUCACUGUGCACUGCAGUGCUGGAGCCGGGCGAACAGGCACCUUCAUAGCGCUCAGCAACAUUCUGGAACGAGUAAAAGCCGAGGGCCUUUUAGACGUGUUCCAAGCUGUGAAGAGUUUGCGACUUCAGAGACCACAUAUGGUGCAAACCCUGGAACAGUAUGAAUUCUGCUACAAAGUGGUACAAGAUUUUAUUGAUAUAUUUUCUGAUUAUGCUAAUUUCAAAUGAAAAUUCCUGCCUUAAAAUAUUUUUUAAUUUAAUGGUCAGUAUAUUUUAUAAAAAUCAUGUUAAUUUAUUUCAUAGUUGACAUUAAUGCUCGUCCUAAUUUCUCUGUAUACAUUUUGUUACGCUUUGAAGGCCACUUGCUGUAAAAACUGGAACCGUGUAUUAAGGUCAAGUAAUAUCCCAUAAAAUAUAUUUCUGCUAAUACCAGUAAAUAUGUUAAUUUUGCAUCAGAUGCAUCCCAUUGUUGAAUUUCACACGUGCAGCACUUCUAAAUGUUAAAAAUCUGAAUAUGCAACGUGUGCUUACGCAGGAGAGAAAACAAAAGCCUGCGCUGUUAAGAAAGCGGUUGAGACUCAAGAAUCAGUUGAAAAUUCUCUUUCCUGACCAUGUUUUUACAGUCCUGGGCAGUGGCAUUUGGGGGAAGGUGAAAUGUUCACGAGGCUACACUGUAAAUAGGGAAUCCUGUGAAAUCCUCUGUUGGAACUCGUGUGCUUGAUUUUCACAUUUUAAAGAUCAAGGACUACAGCCUGACGGCAGGUGUAGAACACGUUAGCAUCAUUGGUGGCUGUGGGGUGACACGUAGACAUGCAUCUACUCAAGGCCGGGUCCCUGCCGUCUUGGCCGGAAGAGGGGAGAUGUAGGCAUGGGUGGAAAGGUUCCCCCACGGCUCUGGGUCCAGCGAAACCAGCUCUCAAGCUGUGCUUCCACGUAGCCACUUCCCGUCCGUCUGUCUGGGGUCUGACUCAGACGACCCCCUGAGAAUCCAACCGACUGCCUUUCUCAGCCUUGCCUCCCACUCUGCCCCCUCCCCCCAGCUGGUUUGAGCUCUCCCAGAGGCUCAGCACCAGCCACUUCCCAGUCCUCACGUUCAGAUAAAGCUGGACGGGCGACUCACACAGCCGCAAGGAGCACACGCUUGGGGAGAAAACCACAAGCAAUUACGCUUUCAACUUUCUGAGAAACAUUUUGGUAUUAAAAAAAAAUCUUGUAAAAGCUAAGAUUGUUUG